AUGUCUAUGAGAUAAAUGGUGCAGAUGAAUGUUUCUCUAAAUCAAAAAGAAAUUGCCGUAAAUGAAAAUUUUGAGGGUCGUUACUAUUCUCCAUAAUAAUUUAUUAAAUUAAAAUAGUUACUUAUGAAUAUGCAGGAUAAAAGUGUAAAUUUAAUAAGAUUAAAAGAAAAUGGUAAAUUUAAAGUUAAGCAAUCUAUCAAUUUGGUUCCAAUUGUUUAUUUGGAUACUUGA